CGACUGCGCCAGACACUCAAAUUUACCAGAUUAUUUUUCGAGUGGGUUAUGAUGGCGUGAUGUUUUCAAAACAUACAUAUACAUAUGCGAAUAUGAGCAUGCUCACCUUACUGCUGUCAGCGCACUUUGUUUCAUUCCAAUGUUGAUAUUAAAUAUUUCGUGAGGUGGGAUUUAUAAAUGUUAUUUGGGUGUUUUAAUUUGUGCUGUUGAAGUUGACUUUAAAUUAAUUUCCAGGCUAAAUUUAUGUUGAUAAUGGGUAAACUCACUGUUGUACCAAUCCAUCAUAAUCAAGAACUGUUAGAGGAUUGUGUUCUUCUGAUUAAUUCGGAAUGGCCUCGUAGCUUCAGUGCCCGCAUGUGGAGUUUGCAAGCAUCAAAAGAUACACUUCCCACAAGUUUGGUUCUAAUCGAGAAAGAUGAACCUCAAAAUGCUAAACCGACGGUUCUCGCUCACGCCAAACUGUCUGUUAUCCCAUCCGAUCAGGAAGCUGUAUUCAUCGAAUCGGUAGUUGUUGAUAGUCGUCGACGCGGUCAAGGUCUUGGGCGACUUUUGAUGAUGGCGUCUGAGCAGCAUUGCUUUGGUGUUUUGAAACUGAAAACAAUUUAUCUCUCCACUAUCGACAAACAAGCCUUUUACUCGAAGCUAGGGUACCAGCUUUGUAAUGCUAUCAGUUUAUUUGGUACUAGAACUGCUCCAAACAACAGUACUAAAAAAAUAUGGAUGAAAAAAACGAUGGAAAUUUGGUUGCAAAACAAUGAGAAUCAUUCUAGAAUUGACAAUUAGCACACAUCUUAAAUGAAAGUUAGAUAAACUCGCGGGUUGCAUUUUACUAGUAAUUUAAUCGCUUAUAAAAUCAUAAGUUUUCGCCUUGAAUCAAUGAUUUUAUGAAAUUCAAGAUUUUGUUCAGAACGGGUUGGCAUAUGUUUGAUUGUUAAUUAAAACUAAAAAUCUAUUUUUCUAUGA